ACGGAUGGGACCCCAUGCACCACUACUAUAAAUUUUACCAAUAGUUGAAAGCCUCGUUGUUCAGGACCUCACAACGACUUGCAAAUUUUCAGUGGAGCUAUCCAGAAGAUGACUUACUGUCGUCGCUGUGACCGCUCCUUUGGCUCCAGCUUUGGCUCUGGGCGAGGACUCAAAGAACAUUAUGUUCAGAGCCCCAACCAUUCCUACUGCCAGUAUUGCGAUGUCGAUUUCAACUCCCAGUCAGAGCUACAAGACCAUCGCAAAGACGAUCUUGCUUACUGCAGCUCAUGUAACAAAAUCUUCAAGAACCACUUUGGGCUGCAUGAACAUAAUCGGCAGAAGCCUGAGCACCAACGCCGGUACUGCGUUAAGUGCAGAAAGCUUUUCCAAGAUCCGAACGGCCUUCGCUCUCAUUUGUUGAACUCUAAAAAACAUUCGAUUUGAAUCUUCCUAUCAGCCUCUUUUACAAUAUCCACAUAGUUUCUUUCGAUAGAGAUAACCAAUUUCCAUUUUUCUCUUCCAUCCUUCAAUUGGCAUCACCGUCCGAGUCAUACCUAUUAAAAGUCGCUAUCAGCAUAGACCCAUUCCAUCAUAACGGUUUCCGACAGCUCUGACCGAAGCAGGUUUCUCUGUAGAGUUGCUGUCCAUGGGACUUUUUUGACCGUAUUUCAGGUGUAUGUAAAUAUGUCUCUGAUAUAUUAAAAUGAAAGUAGCUUAUAUAAUAUAGGUCGUCUUCUAUAAUCGAUGAGAUGAUUGCGAGUGGACAAGGAUACUAUUUGCCAGUACUGGUAUUCGGGGCAUCCGAAUCUCC